AUGGAAGAUCUUGAUCAGCUUUUGGUUGAGUUACAAAAUGUUAGUCAACGAACACGAAAUAUUUAUGAGAAUAAUGAAAGUGAAACUCGUUUGGAACCAAUUGUACUUAAUCGAAAUCUUCCAACACAUCGAACGCAAACACUUAAUUUAAUUCGACCAGAUUCAAUGAUUGAACCUGAACCAGUACCAAAAAGUCUUAAUGAACUUGAUCAGCUUCUUGAUGCACUUAGUAAAGCUAAAGAAACAAUAAGAAAAGAUACACAAAAUCAAAUAUCACGCACAGCAAAUUCUACGCCAACGAAAUCAAUUUCUAAUAUUGAUGACUCAUCGAGAAAAAACGCAAAAUCAAUUGAUGAUCUUAUCGAAACUUUGAAUGAUACAACUGAAACAAUAAAAUCUAAUUCGAAAAAAAAAUCAUCAUCGACAAAACAUUCAUCGAAAAAAUCACCAGCAACGAAAGAAUUAGAAGAUCUUAUGGAAUCAUUGAGUAAUUUUAAAUUACCACCACAGACAACAUCGCCAUCAACCCAUGUUCCACCAUGUUUAUCACCAUCUUCUGAACAAUUACCAUCAUUGAAGGAGACGUCUCCUGUACCACAACAAUAUCCAUUGUGUCAUUCUUGCCAACAACCAAUUAUUGGACAGAUUAUUACAGUACUUGAUCGUUCGUAUCAUCCUGAACAUUUACGGUGUACUGCAUGUAAUAUUGAAAUUGGUCGAAAAGAUUUUUAUGAAAAAUCUGGUAAACCAUAUUGUGAACAUGAUUAUCGACGUUUAUUUGCACCGAAAUGUACUCGUUGUGAUCAACCAAUCAUUGAUGUUAUGAUUACAGCUUUAAAUCGUAAUUGGCAUCCAGAACAUUUUCUAUGUGAAUUAUGUCAACGACGAGUUGGUGAAGAUGGUUAUCAUGAAAAAGAUGGCCAUGCUUAUUGUCGAGAAUGUUAUAUGAAUAAUUUUGUUCCAAAGUGUCUCGGUUGUAAACAAACUAUUGUUGAUACAUAUAUUCAAGCGCUCGGUGGUCAUUAUCAUAAAACUUGCUUUGUUUGUCAAGAAUGUUCUCAACCAUUUCUGACUGGUUCAUUUUAUGAACAUGAUCAUCAGCCCUUAUGUGAAUUACAUUACCAUCAACGACGUGGUUCCCUUUGUUCAUCUUGCCAAAAACCUAUAGGUGGUCGUUGUAUAACAGCAAUGGGUCGUAAAUAUCAUGUUGAACAUUUUAUUUGUUCUUAUUGUACUCGUCAAUUACAAAAUGGAACAUUUAAAGAAUAUCAAAAUAAACCAUAUUGUCAUCCUUGUUUUUUAAAAUUGUUUGCUUGA